AUGCAUUAUACUUGUAACUCUUGUAAGCUAGAGUUUUCUGACCUGCAAGGUCAAAAGGAACAUAUGAGGUCAGACUGGCAUAGGUACAAUCUCAAACGUCGAGUUGCCCAGUUGCCACCGGUUGACGAAGAGACCUUUCGUUCGAAAGUUAGCGUUCAUGCCGAUGGCGAUGCCUCUGCAAAUGAACCUAAAGACAGAGAAUCCAAGAAAGAAGCACGCAGAAAAGCUAAGGAGUCUAUUCGCGAACAGAAGCGCCAGUUACUUGAAACGGCUAGAAGAUCAAUGACGGAAGAAUCUAAUGUUGAAAAUCCUACAGUUCAAAAGUUGGAGCUGAAGGAGGAAAGUCCUGUAUUACAACAGGAUGAGCUGAGCAUACCCGAAGACAUAGUUGAUGAAGAAACUUCACCGGAGCCAAGUCAAGAAGACCUCAUAAAGGAGAAAAUGGAGAACAAGGUUGACAUACCACCCACUACAUGCUUAUUUUGCCAGAGAAAAUACGGGUCGAAUUUUGCUACGUUAGAUGAAAACUUAGAGCAUAUGCGAUUGAAGCAUGGUUUAUUCAUUCCUGAAAGAAGGUAUUUGACUGAUAUCCAAGGAUUGCUUCAAUACUUAGGUGAGAAAAUAGGCUUCGGUAAUGUUUGCUUGUGCUGUCUGUAUCAAGGAAAGGACAUUGUUGCAGUCCGUGACCAUAUGCUCAACAAGAGACACAUGAAGAUUCCCUAUGAGAGUGAAGACGAGAAACUAGAAAUCUCUGAUUUUUACGACUUCUCAUCAACAUACACGUCAGAUGUUCCGGAAGGUGAUGAAGGCGAUUGGGAAGACGUUGAAGAUGCAUCAGAUGAUGAUGACGAGGACAUUCUGGGGGCCACAGACGCUAUCUAUAGGGACGGACUUGACCUUGUUCUUCCUUCUGGCGCCGUUUUAGGAAAUAGAGCCCAUGCUCGUUAUUAUCGCCAAAAUCUUGCUCCGGAGCGGAUCUUAAGCGAAGGUCAGGGGACAGUCAUUGCAGCUGAAUCGAGACACAUGCUGGGCUUCAAGGAUCGCAAGGAACUUGCCACUCAAAAACGUGCAUGGGUCAGAGCUAAGAAGAGAGAAGAUGUUAAUGAUAGACGAGCCGCAAAGUUCAUCAACAAUCAACCUCAUUUCAGAGACCCUCUCUUACAGUGA